GUCGCUUACUUCACCGUUAUUGAUUGGCCCCGCUUAUGGCGACGUCCUUAGGCUCGAAUACAUACAAUAGGCAGAAUUGGGAAGAUUCGGACUUUCCUAUUCUCUGUCAAACAUGUCUGGGAGAGAACCCUUACAUCCGCAUGACAAAAGAGAAGUAUGGCAAAGAAUGCAAGAUCUGCGCACGGCCAUUCACAGUGUUCCGCUGGUGCCCAGGGGUCCGCAUGCGCUUUAAGAAGACUGAGGUGUGUCAGACAUGCAGCAAGAUGAAGAAUGUGUGUCAGACCUGCCUGCUGGAUCUGGAGUACGGUCUUCCCAUCCAGGUGAGGGAUACUGGGCUGUCGAUCAAGGACGAUGUGCCAAAAUCGGACGUGAACAAGGAAUAUUACACACAGAACAUGGAGAGAGAGAUCCAGAACUCGGAUGGCACACGGCCCGUGGGUUUGCUGGGCAAAGCCCCCAGCUCCAGUGACAUGUUACUGAAACUGGCACGCACCACGCCCUACUACAAGAGGAACCGCCCCCACAUCUGUUCCUUCUGGGUGAAAGGCGAGUGUAAGCGAGGGGAGGAGUGUCCUUACAGGCACGAGAAGCCCACUGACCCUGACGAUCCCCUGGCGGAUCAGAACAUUAAAGACCGUUACUAUGGCAUCAACGACCCGGUGGCAGACAAGCUGCUGAAGAGGGCGUCUGCCAUGCCCAGGCUGGACCCGCCUGAAGACAAGACCAUCACCACCCUCUAUAUAGGGGGUUUAGGAGAGAACGUUACAGACUCAGAGCUCAGGAACCAUUUCUACCAGUUUGGGGAGAUUCGCACCAUCACGCUGGUGCAGAGGCAGCAGUGUGCGUUUAUUCAGUUUGCCACGCGGCCGGCGGCUGAGCUUGCCGCAGAGAAGUCCUUCAACAAGCUCAUCGUCAACGGGCGCCGCCUCACUGUCAAGUGGGGCCGCUCGCAAGCCGCCAAGGGCAAAGAGCCCAAGGACGGCUACAGCGAGAUGGGCACGAGGUUGGAGCCUGUUCCUGGCCUGCCUGCAGCUCUGCCCCCACCGCCAGUUUUGGAGGAGGAGUCUACAGCUAACUACUUUAACCUGGACCCCAGCAGUUCCCCUGCAGUGCUGAAUCUGAGCCUGCCACCUCCGCCCGGCCUCCCCAACCCCCCACCCCCAGGGUUUGGCCCACCAAUGUUCCAUCCCAUGGGCCCCCCUCCUCCGCCCCCUAUGGGCUUGAGGCCCCCGGGCCACAUCCACUACCCAUCCCAGGACCCCCAGAGAAUGGGCGCUCAUGCUGCCACUCGCCAUGGAGACUAGAAGCUCCGCCUACCUUGCCUUCUGAGCCAGCGGGCUGUGAGAUGGGCAUGGUCAUUCAGAUUGCACCAACUAAGACUGUGUGACUAAGUGAUCACUGAGGAAAGGCCAGUAACGUCUAGAGGUGGAAUAUGAGCAGCGUUACGUCAGAACAGUGUUUACAAGACUUAAUAGUUAAUUCAUAUUAUUGAUUCCUAAUUAUUCUUGUUGACACCUUCAUGCAAGUAUAAUUAUGAUCAAUGUCUCUUCAGGAUCAGGCAUAUAAAUAAACACUUAGUCAAAUACUAA